UAUUGUCUCAAGAAUCAGCAUCGUCUCAGGAAUCAUCAUCGUUUCAAGAAUCAGCAUUGUCUCAAGAAUCAGAUUCAUAUCAAGAAUCAGCAUUGUCUCAAGAAUCAACAUUAUCUCAAGAAUCAGCAUCAUCUUACGCAGCACCAGCAUCACAACGAUUUUCAUCUUCAAAUGACUUUCGUUUACCUUUUAAAGAUAGUACAAUACCAAAUUUACCUUUACAUUCUAAUGCAUUUAUUAAAAAUCCAACAUUAGGUGGUGUUAGAC